AUGGCCCUUCCUCCAGAGCAGAUCAACAUCAAACGGCGCCGGGAAGAAGAGCCUGUCGAGACCCUGUACAUUCAAUCUGCAUUGCAUCAGACCAAACGCCGAUUCACGGACUUUGUCUUCCAACGAGUCCCGCUGAAAACCGACGAUGACGCUGCAGAUGAUCCUGCUAGCGCACCUGCGCCUGCACAUCCGGCUGCACAGCGCUUGCUGCGCAGCCCCCGCUCGGUGAGCAGCUUGCAUAUCCCGGCUCGUCGGGCUCCACCGCAGCAGAGCUCGUCCAGCGGCGUGCCCAUGGUACGGGCGACCUCGCCAGGCGCCGAGUUCCGAGAAGCGCAGCGUCUUGCUGCGGCCCGGAAAGAGUCUGGGGACAAGCUCAAGCGCGCUCUGUACUCGUCUCCUGUGCCAUCAGAGUCCCAGGAUGCCCCUGACACAGGUAUCUCUGCCGCGCCGAGUACCAGGGAAACCACCCCCGGCUCGGGAGCACGCCCGUCGUCGGCCCGCGCGCAUCCGCUGCGUCGGUUCCAAAUCUCGCGUGGCAUCCAAAAGCGUCGCGCAGAUGGCUCGGUACCUGGAGUCGCCGUGUUGGUCGAGCAAUUGCGCCGCAAACCGCAUUCGCGGCAGGCGUCGAUGGUCGCGGAUCUCGCAGUCCAGCAGGCUCAAUCAGAAGCCCCGAGCUCGCCCGUCAAACCCCGGAAACGACCCGUGGUGAACCAGGCAGAGAAACAGUGGCGCGAAGAGCGCAAGGGCGCCAUUUCAGCCGCGAAGCAACAUCUGUCCGACACGCUGGAGAAAUCAGCUCAGGCACAGCAGACUACUUGGGACGAUGAGUCGGACCGUCUUGCCCGUGAAUUCGAGCAAGUCGCGCUGGAGAUCGAGGAACAGGACCAGCAGCAGCACAUGGACGUCGACCCCACCCAGGCAACCCAUACCCGCACCCCUCUGGCUUCGCAGCAGCACACACCGGGAUCUCCUCACAAGCAGCCCCUGAAAUACCAGCCCAGGCCACCCAAGCAACCCCGAACCGCCCCGGCCUCAUCUCAGCCCCCCGCAGAGCGUGAGGAGUCGGGGAUGGGGGAUGUGUCCGCCCCCCGGGAGGCAGAUGACAAUGACGGCGACUACGUCUACGAUGUCUACAUCCGGCGUCCACUGGCAGAAAGCGAAAUGUUGACGAACCCGCUGGCUGAGUUUGAGUCAGAUCAGCAGCAGAAGCACGCCGAGGCAUCCCACCGAGGUGUUGGUGUCAUUGUGAUCACCGCCGAGGACGAGGAGUACUGGGAGCAUUUCAUCGAGGAUGACGAGGAAGAGUGGGAUAGUGAGGAUGCGGACUCGAAUGCCGAAAAUAAUCCCGCCAAUGAUUAUCCUGACGAGGAGCUCUCCUCAUCCGAUGAGGACGAUGACCCCUCUGCUAUUUACUCCCGCUACCGACACCGCGGCGCAUCCGAUGACGAGGAAUAUGAUCUGGAUGACUCGGCCAGCGAGAGUGGCGCACGCUAUGGUGGAUGGGUAUCACGACGACGCUUUGACAGGCACGUAGAUUCGGAUGAGAGUUAUUAA